UAAAACCAGUUCCUGUGCAACAAAGCAAAGGAGCCAGGGGCUGCUUCCAUAUAUAUACAGGUUUCUUCAGCAUUUAUCUGAGGCAGAAGAAGAUCUCAGGAGCAGAACAUCUGAGUAGCCUGAACUGCAGCCUUACAGACGGGAAGAAAAGUUCACAGCAACCAUGAGCGAGGCCACUGAGAACUCCUUGGAGAGCAAACUACGGCUACUAAAAUGCCAUUUCACCUGGAACUUGUUAGAGGGAGAAAAUUCCUUGGAUGAUUUUGAAGACAGAGUGUGUUACCAGACUGAGUUUCAGAACAGUGAGUUCAAAGCAACACAGUUCAACUUGUUGGCCUACAUAAAACACCACAGAGGUCAAAAUGAGGCAGCGCUGGAAUGCUUACAGAAAGCCGAAGAGUCGAUCCAGCGAGAGCACACUGACCAAGCAGAAAUCCGAAGUCUGGUCACCUGGGGAAACUACGCCUGGGUCUACUACCACAUGGGCAGACUCUCAGAAGCUCAGGUUUAUCUAGACAAGGUCAAACAGGUGUGCGAGAAGUAUUCCAGCCCCUAUAGAAUGGAGAGUCCUGAGAUGGAUAGUGAGGAAGGAUGGUCACGGCUAAAGUGUGGAGGAAAGCACACUCAAAGGGCAAAGGUAUGUUUUGAAAAGUGUCUGGAAAAGGACCCAGAGAACCCAGAUUUCACCUCUGGAAUGGCGAUCUCGAGCUACCGUCUGGAUAACUGGCCAGCACCUCAGAAUUCCAUUUACGCCCUGAAGCAAGCCGUUCAUCUAAGUCCUGACAACCAGUAUGUGAAAGUCCUCCUGGCUCUGAAACUUCAAAAGAUGAAGGAGGAUGCUGAAGCAGAGAGGUUAGUCAAAGAAGCUGUGGAGAAAGCCCCAUGUGCAACAGAUGUGCUUCGAGGUGCAGCAAUGCUGUAUCGAAAAAAAAAUGACCCAGACACAGCUAUAAAACUGCUUAAAAAGGCUCUAGAAUGCUCGCCAAACAAUGCCUACCUGCAUUGCCAUAUUGGGGUAUGCUAUAGGGCAAAAGUCCACAAGUAUCCGAAUGAAGACCAGAAUGUAAUACAUGGGGAAAGAGAGGAGUUGCAGGAACUGAUAGAGCAUGCUGUGUAUCAUUUGAAGAGAGCUGAUGAGCUCAAUGGAAAUCUCAACAGUGUCUGCUCUUUUCUUGCCUGCCUCUAUGCACAGGCGGGUCAGUAUGAAGAAGCAGAGUAUUACUUCCAAAAAGAAUUCAGCAAAGAGCUUACAUCUGCAGAGAAGCAAGUGCUCCAUUUACGAUAUGGCAACUUUCAGUGGUUUCAAAUGAAGUGUGAAAAAAAGACCAUCCACCAUUUCAUGGAGGGUGUGAAAAUCAACCAGGACCAAAAGGCAACAGAAAAGAUGAAAUACAAACUGCAAAGUAUUGCCAAAAGCAGGCUUUCUAAAAACAGAUCAGACCCUGAAGCUUUGCAUAUCUUGGAAUUUCUUGAGGAGCUCAAUGGGAAAAGGUGGCCAGCAUAUGAAAACUCUGAGAGGGGUCUGAACUCUGGACACCGUCCUUCAGCAUCAUUAGUGGAGGAAUGAGGAAUUGGUGUGUGGUGCCCAUAGGGUUACUCCUGGAAGGGAGCUGAAGCCCUUCCUUCCAGUUAGUAUCAAAAUAUGAAUCAACAACUGGUAGGGCAUAGGCAUGGACUGAGACCCUGGCCACAGGACUGGAUUAGGGUUAUGGAGGACCUCUGUUGGGCCAAGUGUUAACCCUUGAAUUGCUCAGGGAGUAUCAGGGGAGGGGUCUUAUGGGGGGAGAGUGAGGAGGGCCUGUGGGUUGGUAAAGAGACUAUUUCCCGAUUUAACUCUGGGGAGAAGUUUGUGCCCUGUGACAUUCUUUUAGUCAACUUCUGAGGGGGUUUGCAUUGGGUUUGUUUCUGUAAAGCAGCCAAAUUCCUCACAUCUGUAACACUGGUCCAUUUUUGCAAUUCUUUUCCAUCACUGGAGUUAUCUGAGAUUCUGUGUAGGAAUGUGCUGUGUCCAGCCAAAGGCUGGGGGGCCAAAGCUUAGGGGUAUCCUCUCUCUCUCACUUCUGCCUCUUCUUCUCCGCCCCGGCCAACCCUCAAUCUAGACUACUCUACACAGCAGCAUUUCAAUCAUCCUAUUACUGAGGUGGGAACAUAGUUUGAAAACCAGGCACAAAGAAUAAGUUAAAUCCUGGAGGGACAUAUCUCAGAGAAGCAAUGAGGUCAAUCAAUCACAGACCAGAGUUUCGGGAGGCAUGUGGGGAGAUUUUGGCUAUACUAUGCACUCGAUCAUACAACAGGUGAAGAAAAAAAAAGGGGGGUCUCUAUAAUAUGCUAGAAAACAAAAUAAUACAUUUCUUUAAAGCUUGUAUGGAAAAAUAAGUGUCUCACCAGUAGGGAUAAAAACCAGGUAGGCAAAAGAGAGAGAGAGGAAUGCUGGUUGUUAUUGUAGAUUGUAAUCAUGGAGAAAUUUUAAUUUCCUUAGCCACUAUUAAAAAAAUUCUUUGUAGGAUGAAGGCUUGUUUUGUCAAAAGAAACUGUUUUGGUGAGCCCAGGUUCAAGGUGAUAAGAAAGCAACAAAACAGGGAACCAUUUGGUGGCUGAGGACCUAGUGAAAAGCCUUGGAAAAUGACAUAAAAAAUGGAGGGUUUCCCACCAUUAGAAAUAUUGUAUAUUUGGUGAUAUAAAACUUUUAUGAACUCUGAAAAUUUUUAUGACAACUCCCAAAUUUAUGGUAUGUUUGGAGUGAUUGGGAUUUUCUAGGUAGAUACUGAAUAGCCUGGAACUAUGUCAAAGUUGAUGUGACUCAAAACAUACCUGACCCAGCACAAAACCAUCAAUUACCUUCUGAUCGUGAAAUGUUUGUCUGUUGGAAUUAGUUUAAAUUUAAAUGUUUGUUACCUGGGGCUGGGAGAGGGAGGAAUAGAAGAGAUGUUUAGGGUACAGAUUUGCAACCAGUAGAUAGAGAAGUGCUAGAGACCUAAUGCACAGACAGCGAAUAUAUGCACUAAAUCUUAAUUAUUCACCACAAAAAAGAAAUGAUAAUUAUAUGGUAUGAAAGAGGUGAUAAUUGUUAAACAAUGGCAUUCAUAUUAUAAUAUAUAAAUGUAUCAAAUCAGCAUGCCGUAUACUUUAAAUUGAUAAUGUUAUAUGUCCAAUAUGUUUCGAUAAAUGUAAGUAUAUACUAACAUUUUUAUUAAGCAAUUAAAACAUUAAAUGAAAUUCAAAGUUUUUAAAUUAAAUAUUCCAACUACUGUAA